ACAAUUAUAAUAUCGUACACCGUUUUAUGGAAUCAGGAUUAAAUUGUUUGAUGUAAUUGUGAUACAUUAUUAAGACGCAAGUGAUAGUGGUCCUUGGUGAUUUGUGAUUUGAGUUUAAGUGGCUUUAUUUGUGAGUGGCAGUUUUAUUGUAAAAACUAUUUGCAGAUUCGAACAUUUUUCCAACAUUGGCCCUAAAAUUCCUCCAAAAUGCAGCGCUCUAUCCAGAGCCCUGGGCCUCUGACCCCAUCCCACAUACCUUUGCCGAAAUAUUCCCUAAAUAGAAGCCUUACCUCUAAUCUCAACGGAAGCCAACAUGAAUACAUGAAUGGUGACAACAAUAAUACAGAAGCUUCCAGGUGGAAAUAUAAAUAUGAAGAAGCAGAAAAGGCUAGGAAGCUGUUGAUCACAAAAGCAGAAAGAUUUGCCAGAUCACUAGCAGACCUGGAGAGGAAACAUCAGCAAUUAUCAGACGAAUUCACAUUAACUAAACACGAGCUGAGGGAUAAGGAUGCCCAAUUGAACUCUUUAAGGACUGUUUCUGAAAAAGUUUACAAGGAAUACGAAACACUCAAGAAUCAAUAUGAUGUUGAGACCGGAGCAAUGCAUAAAGCUAUGCAACAUGCAGGAGAAUGGUAUAAACAGAAUCGUCAGUUGAAAAGACAAAGUGCAGUCCUAGUCCAGAAAUAUCUCCAAAUCAAACCAAAUGGAUCCCUAGAUAUAGACAUAGAUGGUUCUACAGAUACAACAGAUGGUCAUGACGAUUUGGAAGCUUUGAGGAAAACAGUGACUGAUAUGAGUUUAGAAAUAGCAACUUUACAACUGAACUAA